AGCAACAGUGACAGUGAGGUAGCAGCUUACUUCCUCAGAUACACAUAGAGAGGAACAGAAAGAGGAGCUUCAUUCACAGGUCUGUGUUCAUUAGGAGGUCAGAACAGAAAACCACAUGACAGUCAAAAGGAUCAAACUUUUUGUUUUAACCUGAGUAUACUGUUUUUAAGACAGGGACUUAACAGAUACAAGAAACUGCAUUUACAGACUAAAGAACAUAUCUACAGCAAGUUAGCAAGAUUUUUUUUACAGGCAUUCAUUGUUAUUAGUUAUUGUAUUCAACUCCACGACAAUGUUUGUCAUUUCUCGAGAGGUCUUUCUUUACCUACUCUUCGUUAUUCUCCUUCGCAUGUCUUCAGCUUCAGAUGAGAGAACAUCCAUUCCUGGCAGGGGCCGGGCCCUCGCACUGAAUAAUAAUACACUAUCGGAUGAGCAAAAGGAGCAGAUACAAAGCAACGCCAUUGUACUAAUGGUUCCUCUCCUCGGUCUCCUGGCCUUCCUUAUUGGGCUUCCCGCCAACUCGCUUGCUUUGUGGGUGCUGCUCUUCCGAACCAAGAAGCUCCCUUCCACCAUCCUGCUGAUCAACCUCACCACCUGUGAUCUUCUGUUUCUUCUGGUGUUCCCUUUUCGCAUCAUCUAUCACUUCCAAGGCAACAACUGGUCUUUCGGGGAACCUUUCUGUCGUAUUGUGAUUGCACUCUUCUAUGGAAACAUGUACGGUUCAGUGGUGUGUCUGGCUCUAAUAGCUGUGGAUCGCUACGUUGCUCUAGUUCACCCUUUCGGUGCUAAGACAUUUCGUAGCAACAAGAAUUCAUGGUGUAUGAGCACGUUGGUUUGGAUAGCAGUUGCAGCGGCGGCUGUGCCUUUGCUAGUCUCUAAACAAUCUUAUGUGAUAAAGAAUCAUUCUAUAACAACCUGCCAUGAUGCACUUCCCCCAGACGAGCAGGAAAAGAACUUCAUGCCUUAUUUCGUGACGCUUUUUUCUAUCUGCUUCCUGCUUCCGUUGCUGGUAGUGGUGUUCAGUUAUAGUUCUGUCUUACGCACCCUUAAGGCUGAAGGGCAGCGUUAUGCUCACGCUGUGAGAGUUACUGCGCUCAUGUUAAUAGUUUUUGUGGUUUGCUUUUUGCCAAGCAAUGUUUUAUUGCUGUUGCAUUACUCAAAAUCAGAUUUUGUCCAGAAUGAUCUUUAUGUUCCAUAUCUGAUCAGUUUGUCACUCAGCACUUUUAACAGCUGCAUUGAUCCCUUCAUUUUUUACUACGUGUCAAAGGAUUUCAGGAAGAGGCUAUGUGAGGUUCUGAGUUGUUACCGAUCCAAUUCUGAGGCCUCCUAUACAUCUAGGUCAAAGACUACACUCGUAUCAAAUGUAAGCAAGUCCGAAGGACCUCUUAAAAGUGGUACAGCAGUCUGAAGACUUUAGUUUCAAGACAUACUGUAAAUAUUCUAUGGCUCACUAAAGGAAGAAUACAAUCUGAGCAUACAGUAUGUCCGUCCUGUAAAUAAUAAUAAUAAAAAGAAGAAUGAUAGUGUUAUUAUAAAACAUGGCUUGCAUUGACUUUACUGUGACAUAACAUUGGCUUACAUUUUACAAAUGCUGUUCUAGUACAAGGCUCUUUGUGCUCAGGGUCAAAUGUAGGUGUGAGAACAGGAUGCAAUCUUUUGCACAAUCUGUUUGCAUGACCAAAAAACAUUAGAAUUGAUUGAGAGUUUUUUUAAUGUUCAGAAUUGCAUAUAUUGUACAUUUGCUCUUCUCACUGUAUUUUUAUUUCAGCAUGUGUUGUUUUACUGGACUAUCAGUUUUGGGUUAUCUAUAAAAUAAUAACUGAAUGCAUUUAUAAGAUUUAAACUAUGGAAUGUAACAUGUUAAUUUCACCAAUGUAAUAACUGAAACAGUAACUGUACAAGUACAUAUUGUUCUUAUAAAGCUUGAUUUUUGGCUUUAUAAUUCAUUGAAAAUCAAGGCUGUACAAAUAAAUUUAGGCUUGAACAUACAGAAAAGAAUGAAUUUAUUUUGUGUUUGUAUGUCUAGAGUAGGUAGUGCCAAGUCAUAACUGUAACCACAAAUAGUUAUUGUGGUAGAAACGAGUGGUUCUCAGUUACAGUUAUGGGGCCAUGUCUGUCUUAUCUGGCAUGCCCAGAUCACAGAUCUCUCUGCAAAUGAUGUUUGAAGGGGGUGUCUCAAAGCAUCCAAAAGACGCAUUCCUGCAGGUCCCCAGGACUUGAACCAAAAACAAGAUGUAUUUUAACAACAGACAUGCUUUAAUAAAAUAUUUGAACGACAGCCCCCUUCAGACUGAUACUACUUUACUGACUGAGGCUGGUCCUGCACUUCUGUUAUUUAAAUGUACCGAUUUUAAUAUUAUUUCUUUUUAUUUCUAUAUUUAAUCAAUGUUAACAUUGAUUUGUUUGUUUCUAUAGUUGUAAAUUUUUGUUCUGUACAAAAAUAUUUUUCAUUGUUUUGUAAAGCACCUUCAUCUUCAUAAAGCUCACUGUGUA